UCGUCCUGCCCCCUCCCCCGGUGCGAUGGAAGUCCCUGGGAGCCCUCCUCCUCCUCCUCCUCCCCGCUAGCCGGCGGCAGCCCGGCCCGGUGCAAAAUGCUGGGCAUGUACGUGCCGGAUAGGUUUGCCCUGAAGUCGUCCCAAGUGCAGGACGGGAUGGGGCUCUACACGGCCCGCAGAGUGAGAAAGGGUGAAAAAUUUGGCCCCUUUGCAGGGGAGAAGCGAAUGCCUCAGGAACUGGAUGAGGACACAGACUGCAGGCUUAUGUGGGAAGUUCGUGGCAGUAAAGGUGAAGUCCUUUAUAUACUGGAUGCAAGCAAUCCACGCCAUUCUAACUGGCUGCGUUUUGUCCACGAGGCUCCGUCACAAGAACAAAAGAAUCUGGCAGCCAUCCAGGAAGGGGAAAAUAUUUUCUAUCUGGCCGUGGAUGAUAUUGAAACAGACACAGAACUUCUGAUUGGUUACUUGGACAGUGACAUGGAAGAAGAGGAGGAGGAAGAGGAAGAAGUAACUGUUAUCCAGGAAGAUGAAGACUCUGGCAGCAAUAAAGAAGUGCAACCAGCUGGUGAAAAGAAUGCAGAUACCCUCACCUGUAAAGAGGACCAUGCAUGUCCAAACUGUGAAUCCAGUUUUGCAAGCCAGGAGAUUCUAGCUGAACAUCUCCAGACGUUGCACCAAAAACCCAGUGAGGAAAAGGAAUUUAAGUGCCGAAACUGUGGAAAGAAAUUCCCUGUUAAACAAGCUCUACAAAGACAUGUACUUCAGUGCACAGAGAACAUCAACCCAGGAGACUCUUCAAGAAGUUUUCAGUGCUCUGUUUGCAAUACUUCCUUCAGCUCAGAAUCGAGUUACGAACAGCACAAGGAGGCAUGCAGAGGGGAUGCCAGAUUCAUAUGCAAGGCAGAUGGUUGUGGGAAGAGGUUCAAGAGUAAGGAUGCCCUGAAAAAACAUAAAGAAAAUGUUCACAGUGGAAAUUCUAGGAAGAAGCUGAUGUGUUCAGUGUGCAAUAAGAAAUGUUCCUCAGCAACAAAUCUCCAAGAGCAUCGAAAGAUUCAUGAGACCUUUGAGUGUCAGGAAUGUGACAAGAAAUUUAUUUCAGCUAACCAGCUAAAACGCCAUAUGAUAACUCAUUCAGAAAAACGCCCCUACACCUGCGAGGUUUGCAAUAAGUCCUUCAAACGACUUGAUCAAGUGACUGCACACAAAAUAAUACACAGUGAAGAUAAACCUUAUAAAUGCAAGCUUUGUGGAAAGGGAUUUGCCCACAGAAAUGUUUACAAGAAUCACAAGAAGGUACAGCACAGACAGCAGCACUGCGAGCUUCCCCAUAGUGUCUCGUCAAUAUGUCUCAACCCUGUUCUGGAGGAACCACCUAUUGAGACCCAUUCUGAAGAGAGACCAUUCCAAUGUGAGGAAUGCAAAGCUUUGUUCCGAACCCCAUUCUCUCUACAAAGGCAUCUGCUAAUCCAUAACAGUGAGAGGACCUUCAAGUGUGAUCACUGUGAUGCUACUUUCAAAAGAAAGGACACCUUAAAUGUUCAUAUUCAAGUUGUACAUGAUGGACAUAAGAAAUACAAGUGUGAUCUCUGUGACAAAGCUUUUGUGACACCCUCAGUCCUGAAAAGUCAUAAAAAAACUCACACAGGAGAAAAGGAGAAAAUUUGCCCAUAUUGUGGACAGAAGUUUGCGAGCAAUGGAACACUGAGAGUUCAUAUUCGAAGCCAUACAGGUGAGCGUCCUUACCAGUGUCCUUACUGUGAUAAAGCUUUCAGCAAGAACGAUGGAUUGAAGAUGCAUAUUCGCACCCACACAAGGGAAAAGCCGUACCAAUGUUCUGAGUGUAACAAGGCUUUCAGUCAAAAGCGAGGCCUAGAUGAGCACAUGAGAACCCACACCGGAGAGAAGCCGUUUCAGUGUGAUGUUUGUGAUCUGUCCUUCAGCCUGAAGAAAAUGCUGAUCCGACAUAAGCUGACUCACAACCCCAAUCGACCGAUGGCGGAAUGCCAGCUUUGCCACAAGAAGUUUACAAGAAAUGACUACCUCAAAGUGCACAUGGAAAAUGUUCAUGGUGAAACUGACAGCUAAUUAUGGCAUGUGUGAGAAGAAUGGAUCUCAUGUUCCAAAGUGUUCCACUUGCACAUGUACAAACUCCAGACCUCUCACCUGACUACUAAGCAUAGUCAGGAGAAACAACUUUAAUGUGUUCACAUGCUGUUUUUCUCACUUUUUGUUUUUAUCCUACUAGCUUACUAAAAAAGAUACAUUCAUAUGCAGUAAAACAUAGUUUUGAAAAUAAAAAUUUGAAGAUGCGAGAACUUUACGAAGAUUUUAUCCUAAUUAAAAAGUAAAAGCUUUAAAUAAACUUUACUUUCUAAGUUUCCAAGGUUGUAAUUGAGAUAUUGGUGGCAUUACCUGGAAAUCCUGGACAUCUGAAACUGAAUCACUUUGUCUCCAGCUCUUACUUCUGUAUGUAAGCCUCAACACUCCAUUAAAAAUCUUCAACUGGAAAUCA